AUGAAGCUCACCACCUUCGCUGUUGCUGCUGCGCUUGCUGCGCCUAUCGUUCAAGCAGCUCCGGCUGACCUUCGUCAGCUCGUUGACAGACAAGCAAGACCCAGGGAACUCAUCCAACCCGAGCUUUACCCAGUUCUGCAACGAUACACCAGAUAUGCAGUAGCAUCACUUGCAACCUUUGUGUACGGGCUCGGAACAUGCAAAAGCCCGCCUUUCGGGUCAAAACUCGUUCGGACCGUGAACAAUAUUCUAUCCGACACCCAAGUCGCUGUAUUCCAAGAUGAUGCCGCCAAAGAGUUCAUCGUCUCUUUCCCUGGCACAAGCUCCAUCCAAGAUUUCGGAACGGACUUCAACUUCUUCUUCAUGCCCUUUGAUACAGCACCAGGCUGCACCGACUGCCAAGUCCACGGCGGUGUUCUUAACGGGUGGCGCUCCGUUCAAGAAGACCUGACAAAGGCGCUUGCUGAACUCCGUGCCGAGAAGCCAAGUUACUCAACCAUCAUUGUCGGACACAGCCUGGGAGGCGGACUCGCAAGUAUCGCCUACACAGACUUCAAGGCCAACGGUGUUCCCGUAAAGGCUGCAUAUACCAUGGGCUCACUUCGUAUCGGCAACCAACAAUACGCUGAUUUCACUGACAAGCUGUCUGGUGCAACCGACUCUCAACUCGGCAGCCUUAUUCGCAUCACGCACCACAUCGACGGUGUACCUGGUCUACCGCUCACCCCUAUGGGCUUCGUGCACACACGCACCGAGAUCUAUGAGCUGGACACUAAACCAAUCGGUGGAACACAGAGUGCUGCAACCACGUUCCGGUGCUACGGUCAAGAAGCUCCUGAUUGCAACAAGGGUACUGCUGUUGGCUUCAUCAACCAAGAUCAUCUGGUAUAUACCGAGAUUAACAUGACGGACGGUGCGCAGUGUAACAACUGA